GGCAACGAGCUUUCGCACACCUGCAUUUCCGGUUACAAGAACCAAGGUUUGGUGGUUUCUCCGACGCCGUUUUCAGAGCAAGCACUUGUCCAUUGUUGCUUUGCCGGGGUUUUAGACACUUGAUUCACACAAUAAUUGAUUGUGCAUGGUAUAAAUAUGAGUUACCAGCUGUACAGAAAUACAACACUUGGGCACACGCUCCAGGAGAGUCUUGACGAGUUGAUUCAGUGUGGUCAGAUAUCGCCAGGCCUAGCUCUCAAGGUCUUGCUACAGUUUGACAAAGCCAUCAACAAUGCUCUUGCUAACAGAGUCAAGUCAAAGAUAUCUUUCUCAGGUUCCCUGAACACUUACCGCUUCUGUGACAAUGUGUGGACGUUUGUACUGAACAACGUCAAGUUCCGCGAAGGUCCAGUGCAGGAUAUUGCCAAAGUGGAUAAAGUGAAGAUUGUAGCCUGUGACGGGAAAGGACAGGAUCAGCCACAUUAAUACUGAAGAAAUCACGAUGUGGAAAAAAUUCUCAUGGUGUUUGUGGGGAAAAGCAGCUACAAUCCAUCCAUACUGAGAAAACAUGGACGUCUUGUCGGCCAUCUUGUUUGUGACAGGAGGAAUUUUUUCAUUUGGUGCCUGGGCUACAUGUUGUCCGUAUGCAUCUUGCCUGACAACCGUGUAUCAUUUGUACAUUGUCAUGCCGAAGGGAUAUGUUUAGAGAUUGCUGUUUUGUUUCAACUGUCUCCGUGUCAUGUUUGGGUAAAUGUCUUUUUUUUUAUCUUAUGACAUCAUUUUUUCUUAUGAAUAUUCUAAUUAUGUUGGUAGGUUCCUAAAAAUGGAGACAUCGGAUUGGCAUAGGUUUGCUCGAAUUCACAUCCAAUUCCCAUUCUAUUUUUAGUAACUCGGGUCAAUAAUCGAACUUAUGAGACACGACUGGGAGUCAAUAUGCCUUUCUGUUAAAAGACACAUGACCGCUUUUAGGCCUAUGAAUGUGAAGGAAAGUUUUGCAUUAUGUGAAAAUUGUCAAAGUAUGCAUUAUUUACAGACUCGUAGGUCUCGGGGCUGUUUGCACACAUGCAUCAGGAAUAUGAGAUGUCAUGAUGUCAUGCAUGAUUGUCAUAACAUGACAUUUUUGAGAAAGGUGAAGGAAGGUCCAUCCUGUAAAUUUGGAGAUGUCUGUUAGACUGAAGGGAAUUCAUUGAAGCUUCUUGUGAGAACAUCCUGUAGUGCAGCAUUGCAGCAAUUUUGAUUAUUUAUAAAAAUAAAAUAUCUAUGAUAUUUAUCACCAAAUGCACGGUUUUCAAAAAAAGGAAUUUGAUAUUAUGACAUGGAUUUAAAAGUAAACAUUUGACAAGACGCUCGUUUCCAAUUCUGAACAGAGCUGAACAUGGUGAAAGGUGAUCUGGCAGUUGUUCAUUCGUUAUCUAGCAUUGUCUUCUAUAAACAUUUUAUUCCAGGAAACGCUAUUGGCUUUGCAUUUUAUAUUUUGUGGAAGUUACUUCCCUUUUAUGAAAAAAGAAUGUGCAAUGAUGUCACUGGCAUGCUCAAAGGGUCCAAUAUAUUCUGCUGCUGGUAUAAAGCUGGUUAUCGGUAACCAUGGUGAUGAAGAUGAAGCAAUCUAAUCCUGUGAAUGUUUGAGAUGACACCUUAUGCCUGGACAGUAUAGUCAAUGUGUGUACAGGUAGAACCGUUGACAAGUGCUAAAUAAUAAGCUUGUCUGACGUAUUUAUAUAAAUACAGUAUGUAAGAUAAUUGUGUGUGUACAUUUCAUUAUUAAAUGAUAAUGUUUCUACGAUCAUUUUUCAUUCAGAGAAUAAAUGUGUUUUGGUGUAAA